AUGGCAGCAAACAGUAACACCGGUUUGCCUCUCGAGGAUGUUCCUGCUAUUUUCGCCAGCCUUUCGCAAAUGGCCCUUCGUUUAACUCCUUCACCCUCCCAUUAUACUUCCGAUUCUUCUGCCACCAUCGUUGCUCGGCGCCUCGACGCCUGUCUGAUUUCCACUGCUCAGGCUCUCUCACGAAUAGGCGUCACUCAGUAA